AUGAGUGCCGCCGACCUUCUGUUCUACACCAGGGACGACGAGAAGAAGGGCCAGCUGUUGGACGUGCCGAUCAAGGAUGGCAAUAUCGUCACCAUCAACUUGGUCGACGAGCUCGCCGACGACCCCAGCGAGCUCACGGGCUUCCUCCUGCUGGAAAACUCCGCCCGCAAACACUGGCUUGCCAUCGCCUCUGCCUACUGUGCCAACCACAAGUUGACCGAGGCGAAGCAGGUGGUCGACGAAGCGGCUCAGCAGCCGGCAUUCUCCGAUGACGACCGUGCCGCCAUCGAUAUUUACCGUGGGUGGUUGGAGCUUAAAUUCGCCGAACACGCCGUCGGCAAGGCUCGUUUUGACCACUAUAACGAAGCACAAGCAGUGUUUGACCAUUUACCUCGUGAGGUUCAGGCUAAAGCGCCGGCGACGUUGUUACAAGCACAAAUCUACCUUGGGCGUGACCGGCUCGACGAUGCCCGUCCUCUCUACGAUCAAGUACUCAAACGCGACCCGUCAAACUGCAUUGCCUUGAUGGGUAAAGCUCACAUCGCGAUGGCGAAGCAAAACUACCAAAUUGCUCUCAAAUUGCUUCAACAAGUGCUCAUGAUCAAACCGACGAUGCGCCCGGACCCGAGAGUGGCGAUCGGGGUGUGCUUCUGGCUCCUUAAUGACCACAAGAUGGCGGUAAAGCUGUGGGAACGCCUGGUAAAGUUGUACCCAGACGAUAGCCACCGCGCUAGAGUACUUCUAGAAUUGUCGAAGCUUAAUGAUACCUUCACCAAGCUGGUCACCGAUGAAGACUUCAUCAAAAACUAUACCGAAUCCAUCACCAAUUUUGGUGAGCUUCAGACUGCUAAUGACUACGUGCCGGCUCUAGUAUUGGCUCUGUACUUCUUCCUGAAGCGUGACUUUGACACCGUGAGAAACGUGGUGCUCCAAAUUGGGGAAAAGAUCAUUGGUGAACCGUUGGGCGAUAGCGACAGUGCCCGUUUUCGAGCCGCCAAGACCUCCAAGUUCGAGCUGGUGGUGCUUUCCCAGUGUGCUCUCUGGUUGGCUCGCUGUGAGUUCGCUGAAGGUAACUUUACCCUGGCGCAAAAGCACUUUGGUGAGCUGAUCAAGCUCAACGAUAACUUGCAGGCCAAGCUCGGGCUUGGGCUGGCCCAAUUGAACCGGGGGCUGGUGGAAGACGCCAUCAUGACCUACGAGCUGAUUUUGAAGACGAACUCUAAGUGCUUGGAAGUUGUAUACCUCCUAGGGGUGUUGUACUCGCAGCUGAAGAGUAAGCGGAAACACGAGUUGGCGGUGCAGCUGCUUGAGAGAUACGUGCGGCUUGCUUCCUCGGCUGACUUCAAAGAACCAGUCAUGGUCAACGCAUUCCUUGUGCUCGCUCAGCUUUACGAAUCUAAGGAUAUUGGCCAACUGUUGAAAUAUCUCCAACGGGCGAUUGAGACUCAGGCCAAGAUCGAGCGCGAUGUUCCCGUGGAAGUGUAUAACAAUAUUGGUGUCUACCACUUCCUUCGGAAAAACUUCGACGAAGCCACUAAAGUAUUUGCUCUGGCAUUGGAUAAGACUACCGGUCCGUUUACUAGUGAGGACGGCGAUGUUCUCGCUGAUCUUCCGGGCGACUUGGAAGUCACUAUUAAGUUCAACCGGGCUCGUUCGCUUGAAGUGAGCGACCAGGCCGCCGCCAUCGAAGUGUACAAGCAAUUGGAGCAAGAGUGUAGUCACUACGUCAGUUCGAAGUUGCGUCUCUUGUUCUUGGACUGCAUUGCCACUCACUCCAAGUCGUACGCGGAAAUUAAGACCGAGCUUGAUGAGCUCCUCGCUGCUAAUGCUCUGGACCUUGAGAUCAGAUCGUUCUACGGGUGGUUCGCCAAGAACUUCGGUAAGAAGGUGGGGCUCAAAGCUGAUGCUGACAACGCCUUCCACCGCGAUACUCUUGUCACCUACGAAUCGCAUGACUGCUAUGCCCUCAUCUCGUUGGCUAACAUCUACUGCAUCAUGGCCCGCGAUGCCAAGAGCGACGACUCCAAGCGCCGCAACUACUAUCUGCGGGCGGCUGAGCUCUAUAUCAAGGUGUUGAGUAUCGACCCUAAGGAUGUGUAUGCUGCUCAGGGGCUUGCCAUCACCUACAUUGAAAACAAAGAGACCAGCAAGGGGUUGGACGUGCUCUCGAAGAUUAGGGAUUCGCUCAACGACAUCACCGUCUACUUGAACCUUGGCCACGCUCUUUUGGAAGCGAAAAACUUUGCCAAGGCCAUUGAGAACUACGAAGUGGCUCUCGGCCGGUUUACGGACGGUAAGGACACCAAGAUCUUGUCGUUUUUGGGUCGGGCGUGGUACCUCCGGGGACAACAGGAAAAGCAUUUACCGUUCCUCAAACGGGCCAAGGAGUACACCGAAAAGGCGCUCGCCAACGUCGGCGAACUGGGGCUGGCGCUGAUCCAAUUCAACUUGGCGUUUGUUGACUUCCAGAUCGCUGAGUUCAUCACUAAGCAACCGGCGAACCAAUGUGACGUGGAAGAAAUCGAGCAGGCGAUGCGCGACUUGGAGCAGGCAAUCGAGCAGCUUCGCCAGUUGGCUGGUCAGGACGACGACCACCACGUGCCUUACCCUAAGGCAGACCUUGCCGCCCGGGCCAAUUUGGGGCUGACAGCACUUUUGCCGCGGUUGCAGACCUGUCUCGACGAGACUAAGCUGAGCAUUGAAGCAAUGACGUCACGGAUUGAGGAGGCCAAGCGUAUACGGGAGGAAGAAGCCGCCCGUAAACGUAAGGAGGAAGAAGAGCAGGCGGCGUUGGCGAAGCAGAAGGAAGAAGAACGGGCACGCGAGCGUGCCAAGGAGCUUGACCAAUCGCACAUCUGGGCCGAGGAGUUCCGCGCGGCUAAUGUCGAUGUCGUGCCGCUGGACAAUGACGAUGAUGGCGAUGCCGCGGAUGCUAAGCCCGAAAAGCAAAAGAAAACUAAGGGGACCAAGCGGAAGGCCAACGGCGGUCGCCGCAAGAAGAAGGUUUUGAGUGACGACGAGGAAAGCUCGGCCCAGGAUACCGACCCCGAGGCUGAUGAACCGGAAUCGAAAAAGCGCAAGACCUUGUCUAAUGCCCGCGUCGAAGACUCUGAUGAGGACCUCGGCGACAUUGACAACGAUUUGUUUUAG